GGGGUCUGGGGACCCCAUUUCCCAUGACUGUAGCCCAAAAAGGGGUCUGGGGACCACAUUUCCUUCAGUUGUACCCUCAAAAAAGAGCACAUUUUCCCCAUCUAUGCCCCCAAAGAGGAGCAUGGACCCCAAAUUUCCUCACUUUUAUCACCAAACACGAUCAUGGGACCCCAAUUUCCCUUUGUUUUACCCCAAAAUGGACUCAUUUAUAGCCGAAAAUGGAGCAGGGACCCCAAUUUUAAUUUUUUUUUAAUUUUUAAUUCCCAAAUGGAACACAUUGCCCCUCAUCUCUACCCCCAAAAUGAGUCCCUUUUCCCCUCAGUUUUACCCCAAAAUGAACCACAGUCCCUAGUUUUCCCCCAUUUACACCCAAAAAUGAUUGGGGAUUGAUUUCCCCCAUUUUUUUUCUUCCCAAAAACGAGGACCCGCGACCUCAUUUUGUUCAUUUAUACCCCAAAAUUGACAGGAAAGCACUUUUCCCCUUCAUUUAUACCACAAAAAAAUGAACAGAGGACCCCAAUUUCCCUCAAUUUUACCCCAAAAUGUUCUGGGGAACUCAAUUUUCCCAUUUUUAUCCCCAAAAAUUGGAGCAGGGAACCGUUUUUCCCCCAUUUAUACCCCCAAAAUGAACAUUUUGCCCCAAUUUCCCCUUUCAUUUUCCCUAGAUGUGAUCACGGACCCUUUUUCACUCAGUUUCACCCCAAAAAGAAAUGAGAACACGAUUUUCCACAUUUAUGCCCCCAAAAAUGAACAUUUCCCCCCAGUUUUCCAUCAUUUUUUGCCCCAAAAAUGACUCCGAUCCCCCCCAACUUUACCUCACACCCCCAAAAACGGAACAAGGACGUUUAUUUUCCCUCAGUUUUACCCCAAAAUGAACCAAUUUCCCCAGUUUUCCCCCCAAUUUCACUCAAAAAACGGUAAUUUCUCCCCUUUUCCCUCAUUUAUAGCCCCCAAAAUAAGCGAAGGGCCCCAUUUUCCCCUCACUUAUAAACUAAAACGGAGGGAAGAGCCUCAUUCCCACUCUUCAGUACCACAAACACGCACCGCAGGCCCAUUUUUCCUCACUUUUACCCCAAAACGGAACGCGGACUCCGUUUCCCGUCGCCGCCCACAAAAUGGCGCCGCCCACUAAAAUGGCACCGCCCACAAAAUGGCGCCGCCACUUCCGCUUCUCCCACUUCCCGCCAGUGCGCAGGCGCGCUGCGCAGCGCCCCUCCCCCUUCUGCUGCGCAAUGGUUCGCCCCGCGCAUGCGCACUGCGCGCGUUCACCCGACCGGGACGUACCAUUGCCAUGUUACGGCGCAUUUUGGGGGGUCCUCGUGGACCCCCGGCGCUGCCCCCCCGCCCCGCAUCGCGCUCAGCUGCCGACCAGCACCCCCCAGACCUGGCUCGGGAACGUUCCAAAACUGUCACCUCCUUCUACAACCAACCCGCCAUCGACGCCGCUGCCGAGAAGCCGUCGGUCCGCCUGACGCCCACCACCAUGCUGUACUCGGGGCGGUCGCAGGAUGGAAGCCACAUCUUGGUGAGUUGGGGACGGGCAGGGGGGGCUUUGGGGACACGGUGGCUUUGGGAUCCGGGGGGUUUUGGGGUCCCUGAUGGCUUUGGGAACACCAAGGUCCUGGCAUGAGCAGAUCCAGGUGGCUUUGGGGACACGGGGGCUUUGGGAUCCAGGGGGUUUUGGGAUCCCUGAUGGCUUUGAGGACCCAAAUGUCCUACUGGGAUCGACCCCUGGUCUCCAGGUGGCUUUGGGGACAUGGUGGCUUUGGAAUCUGGAUAGGUUUGGGAUCCCUGAUGGUUUUGGGGACGCCAAGGUCCUGGCACGAGCAGAUCCAGGUGGCUUUGGGGGCUGGGUGGCUUUGGGAUCCAGGGGGUUUGGGGAUCCCUGGUGGCUCUGGGAACCCAUAUGUCCCACUGGGAUCAACCCCUGGUGCCUGGGUGGUUUUGGGACACGGUGGCUUUGGGAUCCAGGGGGUUUUGGGAUCCCUGGUGGCUCUGGGGACCCAAAUGUCCCACUGGGGUCAACCCCUGGUGUUUGGGUGGGUUUGGGGACACGGUGGCUUUGGGAUCCAGGAGGUUUUGGGAUCCCUGAUGGCUUUGGGGACCCAAAUGUCCCACUGGGAUCAAACCCUGGUCUCCAGGUGGCUUUGGGGACAUGGUGGCUUUGGAAUCUGGAUAGGUUUGGGGUCCCUGAUGGUUUUGGGGACACGAAGGUCCUGGCACGAGCAGAUCCAGGUGGCUUUGGGGACACGGUGGCUUUGGGAUCCAGGGGGUUUUGGGAUCCCUGAUGGCUCUGGGGACCCAAAUGUCCUACUGGGAUCGACCCCUGGUCUCCAGGUGGCUUUGGGGACAUGGUGGCUUUGGAAUCUGGAUAGGUUUGGGGUCCCUGAUGGUUUUGGGGACACGAAGGUCCUGGCAGGAGCAGAUCCAGGUGGCUUUGGGGACACGGUGGCUUUGGGAUCCAGAGGAUUUUGGGAUUCCUGAUGGCUUUGGGGACCCAAAUGUCCCACUGGGAUCAACCCCUGGUCUCCAGGUGGCUUU